CCGGUGCUUCAGGCCAGGGCUUUAACCCGCUGCGCCACAGCGCCAGCCCUAGAGGCUUCUUUUUCUUGUCUACUCCCUCUCCAUUUUCUGGCCCAAGUAACUGGAAGUACUCCAGGCCCCACUCUGGACUUACCCAGAGCCACUCACAGCCAGCUUAGGCCCCAGGUGUCUCCUUCCCAUUGGUAGUCUCGAAGAGGCAGCUGGAGAAACUGCCUUGGUGAUGGGAACUUGCCCGGGUCUGUCCUGGCUUCCAGGGCCCGGAGAAGCUGGAGGCUUCACUGUCUGGUACAGCUGGCUCUGGACUCACUCCCUCUCGUACCCUUACCUGUCACUGCUGUGUGUCCCUGAGCAACUUCCUGCAUUUGGAAAAUAGGAAGAUAGUAAUGCUACACUCAUAGAGUCAUUGAGAAUGCUACUUGUUAUGAGUAAAUUUUUAAAGUUUUGUUUAUUAUUUAUUUGAAAGGCAGAGAUAGAGAGGAAGAGACAUAGAAAGAGGUCUUCCAUCCACUGGUUUACUCCCCAAAUGGCCACAAUAGCCAAAGCUUGGCCAGGGCAAAGCCAGGAACCUGGAAUUCCAUCUGGGUCCUCCAUGUGGGUGCAAGGGCCCAAGCACUUGGACCAUCUUCCAUUGCUUUUCUAGGCACAUUAGCAGGGAGCUGGAUUGGAAGUGGAGCAGCUGGGACUUGAAAUGGCACUCAAAUUGGAUGAUGGCAGUGCAGGCAGUGGCCUUAUCCACUAUACCACAAUGCCAGCCCCUAAAUUUUUGAGAGAUAGUGAAAUUGAUGUUAAAUUGGGUGAUUAUGGAUACUUCCCUGUGUAAAUGUUUCACUGAUUUAUCUAAAAAACAUUAUUUAGCAUUACCUACAUGUCAGACAUUGAGUUCAGAACUUUUUAAAAAAUUAAUUAGUUUAUUUGAAAGGCAGAGAGGCAGAGAGAGAGAGAGAGAGAGAGAGAGAGAGAGGUCUUCUAUCUAUCCCAAAGCUGGGAGCCAGGAGCUUCUUCCAGGUCUCCCAUGUGAGUGCAGGGGCCCAAGGACUUGGGCCGUCUUCUACUGCUUUCCUAGGCCAUAGCAGAGAGCCAGAUUGGAAGUGGAGCAGCUGAGUCCCAAACUGGCGUCCCUAUAGAAUGCCAGCACUGCAGGCGACGGCUAUACCCGCUAUGCCCCAGUGCCGACCCCACGAGUUCAGAACUUAACAUGUAAAACUCAUGGACUCCCCCCUACAAUCCUACGAGGACAAGUGCUGCUACUAUCCUCACACACGAGGAGAUUUAGCGCCUUGUUCAAAAUAAGUGGGAGCUAGGAUCUGAAUCUAGUUUACGUCUGCGUUUUAAAUCUUCACACAGGCCUUUUCCAAGCCCUAUUGGGAGAGAUCUUGCUUUUCAUUGGCACAAAAGCCACAAGAAGUUGGUGACAGGCAGUGUCAGACUAAUGCCUGCAACAGAGAAAUGAUAUAAACAUGGGUGAGCUUUAUAGAGAUCGUCAUACAAUGUGGAAGAAAAAAUGGCAAAAUGAAAACGAAAAGUACUCCGUGGACAGAGUGUAGAGACAGUGUUCAGUAUGGACUCAACUUGGAAUCGGCAGAGAACACCACAACUAGAAGCACGAUUAACAUCUGAGUCAUCUACAUUUGUUCUGCUCACUGCCUGCCCCUCGUCCAGGGUUCCACAGUUCCCUGCAGCGAGGCAGAAGAGUCAUCAGCAAAGUGAUCACCAGCUACUCCAACUCAGGUGCCUUCCGCGAUUGCCAGCAGCAAGUGAGAAGGAAGGAAGGAUCCCCUGACCACAUAUAUGCGGACCCGUCUGGUCAGCACCAUGAAGCUCCGCACACCGCUCGUCCUGGCAUUCUUCUGCCUGGUGCUGCCGACUGUGCUGGGAGAAAUGAAGAAAAGAUACAGCAAGGAAGAACUGUUAAUUGUGGAAUGCUGGGGAGAGCCAACCGUUUCGGACUGCAGGAACAAGUGUUCGAGGAGCUUUAAAUGUUUCCAGGAAAACCACACGUGCUGCUGGACCUACUGUGGAGACAUCUGCUGGAGAGAGCCGGACACUGACUACUAAGUGCUAAAGCCCUGAACUUGCUCCAGCUGACGGCAGGUAGGCUUCGGAGCUCUGCUUUGUGGCUGCUUUUAGGAACCCCAGUCUAUUCUUCCUGAGGGCAGGACAGGGUCAAGCCUCUGACAAAUAAAUGCAUUUACCAACCCCGGUGGGCUUAGCUCCUUCUUUUCCAUCUCACUACCCUUGAUCACCCGCACCACCAUCUGCAGUGCCAUUCCCUUCCUGCAGUGGGCGCCAGCUCCCCGCCUCGUCCUGCCCUGUCUGACAGCCUUGGAACUGGCAGGCUAAUCUCACCAGCUUCACAGAGUGGAAGUUUAUUCCUGUUUUCACG